AUGCCUCCGGAAAUGUCUACCACGGCUACAAAUCCUUCAAGUGUUGAUUUGUCUACCACGCGGGUUAACAACGACCCUUUGGCAACGGCCUUGCAUGCAUCGCGAUCACGUUUUAUGAUAACGGAUAUAUUAUCAGCACAACAAACAACGGAUUCAGCCACACCACAAAAUCCCCAACCUCCAUAUUCACAUCCUCACCAGCAGCAACAACAACACCAUGCCGCAUUACAACAUUACAUAGCUCAACAGCAGCAUUUAAUACAACAACGUCAUCAACGUCUUCAGAAUCAACAGCAUCAUCAUCCUCAACAACACAGUAGGUCUCCAAAUUCUUCGCCGCCACCACCACCACCUUCUUCACAUAACUCCUCAACGUCUUCAUUACAUCAACAUUUACCCCCACCAAUGGCAGCAGCGUCUCCGUCAUCGUCUUCUGGUCCAACAACAACUACAUUUCCACCUUAUCAUCCUCAACAUCAUCAUCCAUCCUUAGGCCACUUACCUCAAUCGGCGGCAUUAAUGGGAUUUUCCGUUGCCGGCGGACGUGAAAUGUUUGGUGGUGCUGCUGCUGCCGCUGGAGCUCAUUAUGCCGCCAUACAUCGUCACAAUGAACGCGAGCGCUUAAGAGAGUUAGAUGAUUUGGCAUAUCGAACAGCUACGCAAAAUUCACAAAAUCUAGAUCCAGAUGAUCGUUCCCGUUCGCCGCAACCUCUGUAUUUGCGGGGUGAUAAUCGGGAUAUGGGAUUUGGCAGUAGUGCGGGAAAUGGUGGGGGUAUUGCUACUGCUGGUGGAGGAGGUGACAGCAGUAUAAGUGGCGACCAGGCCAGCACUAUUGAUGAUAGUGACAGUGAUUGUGAUCUUAGGCCAUAUUUGGAAGCCGAACAUCACAACACUACCUACGGCGAAGGCAAUCUGGACAAGUAA